AUGCAAGACUGUGUUGAUAGAGGGGUCCACCUUGGAUUCGACAAUACUAGGGAUUAUAACCAUGCAACAGAUAACCAAUAUAAACAACUACGUGCUAAAGCAGAUGAAUUAUACAGAAAGAAGAACCAACUCUCUCAGCAAUCACAAAAUGCUUACCAGUCUGGAGACAAGCUGAAAGCUCACGAUUUAAGCGAACAGUCGAAGAAAAUCUUAUCUCAGGCAGAAAACUACAAUAGACAGGCUGCAGAAUAUGUAUUUCGUGAAAACAACGCCGACAGUGCAGAAGAUGAAAUCGAUUUGCAUGGUUUGUACGUGAAAGAAGCCGAAUUUUUCUUGCAAAACAGAAUCGCUGCUUGUAUUAAGACCAACCAGUCUCAUUUGAGGGUUAUAGUUGGUAAAGGGUUACAUUCUGCCAACGGGAUUGCCAAAUUGAAGCCAGCCAUCGACCAAAUGUGCACCGAUUGUAACUUGAAUCAUAGAAUUGAUCCCAAGAACACAGGUGUAAUGGUGAUCGAUUUAACUAACACCCAAGGUAACCAAAUUCCAAACCACUGGGAUAUUGCUUAUGGUGGUGGUCAACCCCACCAAGCUUAUCAAGGUGCUUCUCAACCACAAUAUCAUCAACAAUCUCACCACCAGAAUCAAAAUCACAACCAGCAAUUUGGUAACAUUAAGACCGGAAACAAGCUUGCAGAUAUGUUAUUGAAGGUAUUCUGUAUGUGUAUCAAUAAAUAG